UUCUCGACCCUUUCGGCGAAUAGAGAGCACGUGUUUGCUCGCCGGUUGCGUUCAACUCAUUUUAUCGUACAAAACUUUGCAUCACAUUUGCUGCCUGUCCAAGUUUGGUGACUAAGGGUUGAAAAAUUCUGAUCAUUAUAUAGAUAGGUUAAUAUGAAUCCCGAAAAAUUGAAGAAGCUUCAAGCUCAAGUACGAAUCGGCGGUAAGGGAACACCCCGACGCAAGAAGAAGGUUGUACAUGCUACUGCUGCUACAGAUGAUAAAAAAUUACAAAGUUGUUUAAAAAAAUUAUCUGUGAAUACAAUUCCUGGUAUAGAAGAGGUUAAUAUGAUUAAAGAUGAUGGUACUGUCAUUCAUUUUAAUAAUCCAAAAGCUCAAGCUAGUUUAUCUGCUAACACAUUUGCCAUUACUGGUCAUGGCGAAAAUAAACAAAUUACUGAUAUGUUACCGGGAAUAAUAAGUCAAUUAGGUCCUGAAGGUGUUACACAGUUGAAACGACUAGCAAGUACAGUUUCUGGAAGUACAGUUGGUAAAUCAACAUUGGAAGAGGAUGAUGAAGUGCCAGAUUUAGUGGAGAAUUUUGAUGAAGCUAGUAAAGAGGAGGUUGCUCCAAAAAAGGAAGUGGAUGAAAAUGAUAAAGCAGCUGGUGAUAAAAAAGAAGCUAUUACAAUCAAUGAAAUGAAAGAAGCUCCCUUAGCUACGCCUGAGGCUUAAAGUUACAAGCUAUUUCAUACAACUAACAGUUCUAAUUGACAAGUUAAGUAAUACAAAUUGCAAAAGCAAUGCGAAGUAUCACUAUACAUACGUUAUAAAUAUUUGACAUACCUUAUAAUAAUGCUAUAUGAGUAACAGUUAACAAGAAAUAAAAAAAAGGCUGUUACAGAAAUCAAAAGUUUCUAUAAACAAGUUUAUUUUGUUGCAUCUGUAAGGUAGACUUUACUUUGAAACAGCUAAAAUGAUCUUACUCUUUCUAAAUUAAUAUUUUGUAAUAUUACAUAUGAGGAAGCAUUUGAAUUUUAGACAUUUUUAAUUCAAAUGUUUAUUCACAUGAAAUGCGAUAUUCAUCUAUAAUUUUUAUUACGAUCAUAUUUAUAAUAAGAUCAUAUUUUUCUCAUUGUUACAUAUUGUGUUCGUAUCUGUUUUUACGUAUCGAGAACAAACAACAAAGAAUUUAUAGAGAUAUAAUUAGUGAAACGAAAUGAAAUUCCGGCAAGAGAUAAUAGUUUUCCGCCUAUUUGCAAUGUAGGGGAAAGAAAUUUAUAUGCAUUGUAGAAAAAGAAAAAAAUGCGCGAAGUACUGAGGCACCUCUAUUUUAAUCGAAAUUGAUAUAUGGAUAAGAAUAAUUUAUCGUAACAGCGUUCCAGCGUGAAAAAUAAGGUGUAAUAUUUUGUAAUGUAAUCUAUGGAAUAAAUUUAUUUGCUGGAAAUGCGGUUUUCUACUUAAAAAUUCAUGUUCUUUAAAUAAUUAUAAUAGUACUUUGCCGAUAUUUAUAUCUUCAUUCAUAGAAUAGAUCUGUAAUAACUGUAAUUAUGAAAAUAUAAGUACUCUCUGUAUAGUA